AGUCCGCAGUCAGAGUCAUGUCGCGCAGAGAAGAGGAGAAGAGGAACUCAUCGCGUCGCCGCCACCCACGGAGCUGCGAGCUGCGCCCAGUUGCCGUCGGGGUCACCGCGCCAUCGUCCUUGCCAGCUCCGAACGAGAAGCACGAUGGAGCUCCGCUUUUGCUUCCCUGGUUCGCCGUGAGUGAGCAUCGUGGGAGAGAGGACGACGCGAGUUGGAGGCUCGGUUGCUGCUGUGCUAUGGAGCAGACUGAACCGCGCCGCGCUGUUGGGGUUCUCACCGUUGCCGGAAAAGGAUUCAGGCCGCCGCAGGUGUCGCGGUCGGAAGAGAAAGCUGUGCCCCUGUGUUUUGACCACCUGGAGUGGUUCUGUCACUUUCGGGAUCACCGCCGGAGCUCCGGGCUGAGCCUCUGCCACUUGAGACCUGCUGUCGUCACCGGAAAAGGCUGCCGAUCGCCGCUGCUGCUUGGGGCUGACUGCCGGGUUGCCGCCGAACCGUUUCGGAGACCGCCGCUGUUUCGGUUCAACCGUUCCUUCUUUGGUUCGUGUUGCUAUGGUUAUUGUGAACGUGGCUGGGAAUUGCGAAGUGGUUUUUCCGCAAGUUUCGGUUCCUUUAUGAACAAUGUAUUUGGAAGUACUUUUAAUCUUGCUCUUGAGUUUUGUGAGCUUUGUCUUGGGUUUGAUAUUCCUUUUUGUAAACCUCCUACUUCUUCGACUCAACUUGAAUUUGUUUCGAACUAA